GACCGUCGGCCGUCGGUUUCGACGCGGAAUCUCCGUAAUUCCAAUAAUUUUUAACUGUUUGUUGUCAACAUGUUGCAACCGGGAUUGAUUUAGUGUGUUUCAUUUCCAUAUCGUGUUAACAUCGAGGGAUUACUAUGUUCGAAAGGCAGAACGGUGAAAAAUGCGAAAUGAUGUUCCUACAUAAACUUGCGAUUAUUGUCGUCAGCGCUCUGCUGAUAUACGACUUCUAUAACAACUCCACGCCUGUAGAAAUACGCAUUCAGAACCCUCAAUUCGCUUUACUAGGCCCGUAUAAUACUACAGAACCAAGCCCGGUAGUAGAUGACGUUAACGAUCAACUUAUCGAUUUAAAAAACUUCUCUUUCAAAGUUAAUCCACAACCUUGUCAGAACUACGACGCAGGACUGCUACUGGUCAUAAUAAUAUCUUCGAAUCCGAGUAAUUAUGACAACAGGAUGGUUAUUCGGAACACUUGGGGGAGAUCUGUAGAUUCGACUAAAGUUGUGUUUUUGAUGGGAGAGUCGGAGAAUGCGAGUUUGUCUCAAAAGAUUCAAAAUGAAUCGGCCAUAUUUGGGGAUAUUGUGCAAGGUAGCUUUACAGAUGCUUACCGUAACAUGACUUACAAGCAUGUGAUGGGUUUGAAGUGGGUUUCACAUCAUUGUCCAACAGCUAAGUACAUUUUGAAGACGGAUGAUGAUGUUGUGGUGAAUUCUCAUGCGUUGAGGCAGUUUUUGGCGCGGGAGCUGUCGCCGUGGGGAGCGAAGGGGCUGAUUACAUGUCAGGUGUUGGAGCACGCUUUGGUGCAGCGGUCACACCGGUCUAAGUGGAGAGUGUCACCAGCUGAGUAUAAGCCACAUUACUAUCCAACAUAUUGUGCAGGUUGGGCCAUCCUCUACUCCCAAGAUGUGGUGCCCCGACUGCUCAAGACAGCCCAAUCCACGCCAUACUUCUGGAUCGAUGAUGUCCACGUCACCGGCGUGGUGGCCCAGCAGAUCGGCGUGGCUCGCACUCCGCUGGCCAGCCUCGUGCUGUCUCGGAACCGGGCCACGAUGCUGACAUCACUCGGAGCUGAUUAUGCUGGGAAGUUCUUGUUCGGACCACCGGAUAUUAGUGUUAGCAAGAUCUCGCAGAUAUGGAAAGCUAUUCCAGAAUAGAUUUUAAGGGUACAGACACAACUAAAGGCCUGUUGUAAUAGGGUCACUGAUAUAGUUAUCGGCCACUCCAAGUCCAUAGCAAUUGGCCACUCUAAACAAUAAGAUUUCCAUGUUUCUUUCUGAUUAGAGUCACAGAAUAAAUAAUAGUACUACCGUACAGAAAGGAAGCUUCCUACAAAACCGAAGUUUGACAGCGGUUCAGGGUCGAAUCAUGCUAUCCCUUUCUAAUACAUGGCACUAUCCCUUUCGGCCAAUUAGGGUUGUCAAAAUUCAAGUGAUUAUCUUAUCUGUGGUCGUGCACGCAAAAGGAAGUCAAGUGGUGCCAACCCUAAUAAUUGCUCGGAUCAAUGCUGAGCCGAGCGGAGCCGAGUUUGGCCGAAGUCAGGAGCUUCGCACCCCUGUUAGAGUGGCCAAUAGGGAUGUUUCCUGUAUUUAAAAUAAAUUAUAUCACGUCAUGCACGAAAUAAAGCACCAGAUAAUUAUUAGAUAAACAUAGAUAGCAUACAUGUAUAUUUUGACAUAAUUUCAAUUUAAUAAACAGGUUUGAACUAAAAAAGUUACUUAAAUAUCAGUUUUCAUAUGAAUUCCAUAUUGCCAAAUCGUUUUGACAGUUGUAAAAAAGAAACUGAUUUGACUAGUAGGAGAAUACCCUAUUAAUUUAUUCGUCAAUAACUGUAGCAGUCACCCUAUAGUUAGAUAAAUAACUAAGUGCCUUUAGUAAUAGCCAUUAUUUUAAGUUUGUCAACCAAAGAUAAAUGAACUAUAAUCGAAAUAAAUUAAGAAUAUUUAUAAACUUAUUUUUACCAAUGCUUAGAACUUUAAACAUCUGUAUUAUUUACAAUGUAUAGUUUAUUUUCGUGUUCCGUAAAAAACUUUGUUCACGGAACACUUAUUUUUACUGGAGACACUGCCAAGCGUGGCUCACUCCGCGAUUUCGGCGCUUUGCAGUUAACAGGUAGCUACAAGCACAUCCGUGCCACACCAAUUUUGGUGGCUAGCCAUAAGCCGCGCGUGGCGCUGUUGCCACCUAGUGGUCAAAUCUGUCCUAAUCGUGACAGACGCGUUUUGUUAGAGUAAAUCUGCUGUACCUAGUACUAUUAUUUAUUCUGUGUCACUGCUCUGCGAUAGCUUGAGAACGUCAUAUGCACCAUCUCAUUCUUUUAUUAAUAAUCCUUUGUAUUGUUGUUGCAACUUAUAAAUAUUUAUGUAUUUAGGUAUAGUCACUAUAGUCAGCAGCCGAGGUAGCUUAUUAGAUAAGAUAAUAAAAACCGGGCAAGUGCGAGUCGGACUCGCGAACGAAGGGUUCCGUACCACAAUGCAAAAAAAAAAAAAAAACGGUCACCCAUCCAAGUACUGACCACUCCCGACGUUGCUUAACUUUGGUCAAAAAUCACGUUUGUUGUAUGGGAGCCCCAUUUAAGUCUUUAUUUUAUUCUGUUUUUAGUAUUUGUUGUUAUAGCGGCAACAGAAAUACAUCAUCUGUGAAAAUUUCAACUGUCUAGCUAUCACGGUUCGUGAGAUACGGCCUGGUGACAGACGGACGGACGGACGGACGGACGGACGGACGGACAGCGAAGUCUUAGUAAUAGGGUCCCGUAAACCCUUUGGGUACGGAACCCUAAAAAUGUAUUCAGAGUGCGAAGCCAACAUGCCAAUCGCUUACGCUCCGUAGUGAAUAAAACACAGCUGUCACUGUCGCACUAAUAAAGAAGAGUGAGAGAGACAGCGUUUCGUUAUCGUAGCGCAAACGGUUGUCACCUUGGCAAGGCACGCAGGACGUAAAACUGUUAAACAUUAGGUAUCUAUUGAGGAAGACAAAAGAAAAAAAAGUGUGUGGAUAUUAUUGAACACUUCGUUUGCUUAGAAACUUUUGCUGCUGACUAUGUCUUGACUAAGUAAUGCUCUGGCAUUUUGAGCUUAUGCAUUUAAUUAUCCUUAGUAUUUUAUUGUAUGUAUCAUCUAAUUAAGAGAAGAUUUCAAAUAUUAAAUACACUUAAAUUAAGGGCGAUGAACUAAAAAUGUACAGAAAGGUGUGUUCCCAUUUGUUCCCACAUCGCGUAACCCCUAGAAUGAAUCGUUCCCGCCGGGGACAAAUGGACAUAUCGUCGGGUGACAAGCAAAAGUCACUAACUAACACCAUUGAAAUUAUUGGACAAUAAACCGUGUUACAAGUGUAAUAAAAUGCAUUGUUACUUUAAUUUUUUGAUAGUACUUAGUGAGUUUUGCUUGUCACCCGACGAUAUUCUCUUCCACCUAGGCCCAAUUUGACUCGAGAAAUUGAAUGGCUGUUAACGAUUUGUGUAAGUACCUUUAACUAAGGCAUACAGCUUUUAAGAAAUCGAAGUAUUAAACAUGCCUAUUACAGAAACAUAGGUGUAUAUGUCGGCGGCCGAUCGUAUAAGAUCAGGCAGAUCGUAAUGUUCCUGUUUUAUUUAGUCGUAUGGCACAAGUACAUAAUAUAGGCAAUAAAUUAAGAAUUAAAAUUACAACAAAACAAUUAUUAAGUCAGAUGUCAAUAUUCAGUGUGUUCAGCCAUGCGAAAAUAGGCCUAGGCGGGGCUCCGUCGACUCAGAGAACGGGUGAAAGAUUCGUCGUCGUCGGCGACCGAUCGUGAGAUCAGACAAAUCGUAAUGUUCCUGUGUAAUGUUUUGACGAUAGGCAGGAUAGGUUCGUUAGGUUGCUUCAUAUGCCCGAAGGGCAAACUGCCCAGAAAUAGGAGCCCCGCGCGUAGCGGGGCUCCGUCGACUCAGAGAACGGGUGAAAGAUUUUCACGUUUCACGAUAUGCCUAGGAACUUCACGAUAUGCCUGAUCUUACGAUCGGCCGCCGACAUAUACACUGAGUGUACCGCAGUGGCGUGCAGUGCAUACAAAAAAAGGUAGGCACUAGGGUAGGCAGUCCAUACAAAAUGACCAAAAAAAAAGUUGCCGAUUUUUAUAGUUUGCGUUACAUUCCUUCAAGAAUGACUCUUCUAGAGCCCGAUUUAAGUCUUAUCUCCACUGCACGCCACUGGUGUACCGUGUUUAGUGUCGUAGUCUAAACUUACCUCUACUCGUACAAAAAAAAUGGCCUAUCGUGAUGCUGAUUGUAUAUAAAUUAAUUGGAUAGCAAAGAAUACCAUAGUAAUUAUUUGGUGCUUACGUCACUUUCUCCAGUCAAAUUGGGCCUUAAUUUUGCCAUAAUACUCAUAUAUUUCAUCAAAUAUGUUAGUAAAAUAGCUAAGAUAUUAUAUUCGAUGUGCCUUCAUUGUUUCGAAUAAAUAAGCAAAACAA